UAAAAAAUAAGCAUUGACAGAGUAAUGUCAAACUGGAAUAAAACGAUAACAAAAUGUCAUGUUGAAAUUCGGUACAAAUAUGUCAUGCAAUCAAUAAUAAUUGAAAUUAUAUGACAUUUUGGAGAUAAUAUACAGUCCACGUGAUUGAAUAUCUGAUCGAUCUUUUCAUAUUUAAGAAAAAAUGGCAGAUGUCAGAUUAUUAAUCAGAGAAGAGGGGAGAGCAGCGCGGAAUUUAGUAGCAUUCAAUGUACCAGUUGGUUCAAGUAAUACAGAACGAGUUACAAGAAAGCCUCCGAGUAUUCCGAGAGUUGUUUCUUCAGUGAAUAUGAAAAGAAACAUAAAGAGCUCAACACGAGUAAGAUCUGCUUCAACAGGCCGGGAUAAAAAAUCAGAGCUACAUGCAAGAUAUUGGGCAUUUCUUUUUGGUAAUUUACAACGAGCAGUAGAUGGUAUUUAUCAAACGUGUGAAGAAGAUGAGAAUAUAUCAGAGUGUAAGGAAGUAAUUUUAGUUUUAGAAAAUUACACACGAGAUUUUCAUAAUCUAAUUGAAUGGUUUAAAGUUAAAUGGGCCUAUGAAAAUUCACCUCCACCUUUGAGACAGACUUCUUUAGCAUGGGAAGUUAGAAAAACAUCACCUUGUAGAAUGUGGAAUUCUUCUAGAGCAUCUAAAUGCUCUAGCCCACUUCAAAGGAUUAGUCCAGUGUGUUGGAGUCCUGAAGAUCAAAUAAUUGAUGAAAACAAGCCUAAUGAUCCGGCAAAAAAUAUUCAUAUUGCUGGAAAUAAUUGUGACAAUAGAGGAAUGAAAGAGAAUAAAAAUAAUGUAACAAAAAAAGAUCCAAAAAAUAUUCAGGAUAAACGGAGAAAUUCUGUAGAUAAAGAAAGUGAAAAAUCAAUGUCCAGAGAGAAAUCUGUACUUACUCGAGGAUCGGCAAGAACUUCAGUGAGGUCGACUACAUCGAAUAAAUUGAGCAAUAAUGUGACAAGUAGAAAACUUUUUAAUGAAAUUAUGUCUCGUGAAAUCAAACACGUAGGGACCAAUAAAGAAAAUAAAAAUAUUCAAACGAGUAAUUUGAAACGAGUUCAUAGUAUUGCUGACAUUGAAAGAGUAAAGAAUAAAACAAAUGGAACUUUGAUGGAGCUGUCGCGAGUUGAAAAUAAUCGAGUAAGAAUCGUUGAUAAUAAACAUGCUCAUAAAAAUGUUUCAAAAAGUGCUCCAUCCACAGCGAGAGCUAAAACUGCUCCAAGUUCUUCAAGAAAUUCAUAUUCAAGUGUUUCAAAAACCCGAAGUAGUAAUCAACUUCCUGAACCUCCUAAAAUGAUUAGAAGUAAAACUACAUUGAGUAUCCGUGAAGUUUCAAAUUUAGGAAAAGCUAGACCUGGAUCUUCUGUAAUGGUGGGACGACGUCGUCAACCUUCAAAGAACGAUACUAAAUUGGAAGAAUCUUCUGAUAUCAGUGGAUCUGUUGAAGUCUUAUCGAAACAAACGAAAAACAGGAAACCAUCAGAAGAUAGUGAAGGAUGGCAAACAGUACGAGGGCGAUAUAGAAGAGGUAGCUCUCAUAGUUUAAGUAUGUCUACAAGAUUUCAUCGGCCAACUACAGCUACUUCAUUGCCUGCCUUGGCAAUUGAAAGUUCUGGAGAAAAAAGAAAAAAAAGUUUAACAUCACAAUCUAAUACUGCUCAUGAAAACUGUCACAAGAGUGAAGAAAAUAAAGAAGAUAUUGAGGUUGAGGACAAAAAAAAUAUUUCGCAAAGUAAAGAAAAAAAUGCUCUCAAUGAAAGCAAAGAAAACGUAGUUCCUAAUGUCUGUGAAUCAAAUUCUACAUCGAUGAUUGCUGCAAUUUUUAAAAGUGAAGCUGAACUAUUGGAAAAAAGAAUUCAACAAUUUAUGACCGCACAAGCUGAAAGAGAAAGAAUUAUUUUAGAAGAAGAAAUGAAAACAGAAGAAGCUGAUUCUAAAAGAUCUCAACAAUUGUCUGAUGAAGAAGCAGAUUUACAAAAACAAAUUCAAGAAUUAGAAUCUACUGAAAUUGACGUGGAUACUGAGACUGAUGAAACCGAUGGAGAAAUGAUUUUGGAAAUGGAAGAAGGAGAAACUAUUGAAAAUGAACAACCAAAUGAACCAUUAGAUAACAUGAGCCUUGAAGAUAGAUAUGAAAAUAUGCUAGAAGGAAUGUCUUGGGCAGAAAGAGUUGAUACAUUAGCACAACUUCAAGCUUUGGUUGCGAGGCAUCCAGGUAGAGCACUGGAAUUACAUCAAAAAUUGUCAUCUCCAUCACGAAAGCGUUCACUACCAGAGACGUUGAGAAGAUAUCAAACGCGACAAGCAUGUGCUCAACACAAACGUCAAAAGUUGUUGUCUGAAAAGUCUCAACGACUUCGAGAGUUAUUAAACAAAGUUGAAGACGUUAAAAGAGCGAAGGAUCAAUUGACAGAAGAUCGAAGGAUUAGGAUGGAGAUGAGAUUAAAACGAGCAGAGGAAAAUCGAACACAACAUCUAUUAGAGGUUGUACGAAAAGCUCAUGAUGAAGACUCAAAGUUAAAGGAGAUAGCUUUCAUUAAUGAGCUUGAAGCACAAAAUAAACGACAUGACUUUAUGGCUUUGUGUCAGGAACAAGAAGAACGUCUUCAAGGUAUUCAAGAGGAAAGGCAAAGACGUCAGGAAGAAAAAGCAGCCAAAGAAGCUGCCGCUGAAGAACGCAGACGUGCUCUAGAAGCUGAACGCCAACUAAGGAUCCAAAAGAUGAAACAAACUAGAAGAGAACGAGAAGAAAGGGUUGGAAAGAUGCAACUAGAAAGGGAAAAAGAACGGCAGGAGCUCGCAAGGGAAAAAGCUCGUGAUCGUGAAGAACGUUUAAGUGCUCUUCAUGCUGCUCAAUUAGCUAAUCAAGAAGAAUUACAAAAAAAAAUUGCUCAAAAGCAACAAGAAUCUGCACGACGUCAUGGAGAAAAUAUUGAACACAUCAGACAACGUGCUGUUGAACUUUCGAUAUUGAAAAUGGAAGAAAUUCCACCUACUUUGAAAGCUUAUCCGGCACAAAAACAAUGUACUUUAUGUAAUAUCAUGAUACUUAAUGAAGUAUGCCUCCUCAGUCAUCUGAAAGGAAAACAACAUCUAGAAGCUGUAAAAAAAAUGCAUGAUGGCAAAGAACUAUCAAGAGAUGAUCUUCAGAAGUUCAAUAUUGCUCAGAUUAAAGAUAUCCAAGUGUCAGGAAGUGCUGGAGGUAAUUAUAAAGCUCUGAAAGAAAAACAAAAAGCUUUGAAGCGACGUAGUAGAAAACUUAAACAACGAAUGACAGUUAAAGGACAGGAGUGGGAAAAUUCUCAAACAGAUAGUGGUCAGACUUUUGAUUCGUCUAAUAAAACUAAGCUUAAAAGAAACUUGAAAGAGUUGGAUAGGCUUUGUAGUGCUCAUGCCAAAACUAUUUGGUCUAGUGUAGCUAUUGCUGGACUUGAAAGGUGUUUAGGUGAAAUUGGAAGGAUAUUCAAUAAAUCGAGUUCAAUUGAUCAAGAUGUUUUUCGAUCACUCAAUGGUUUUGAGACCUUGACGAGUUUACUCCACCUUGGAAUUAAUAUUCAAAAUAAUUCACAUUCUUUGCCUAAUAAGAGUAUGAUAUCUAUUUGUCGAGUAUACAAAGCUGCAGUGAAUGAUCACCCAACAAAUAUUGAAGAAGUUCUUCUUAGUAACAAAGUCUUGGCAAUUCUCGACCUAAUUUUACAAAGAUUUGAGGCAGUUGCUAGUUUAGAUGAUCAAGCACAGUCUCAGGAGUCAACAAGUAGUGUAAGCAAUGCAAGUGUUGCUGCUGCUGCUGUUCAAUUGCUUUGCAGUCUAAUACCAGAAGUGCCUUCUGAUAAAUCAACGAUUCAAAUUCGAAUUCAUGACAUCACUGGUGUUUUAGUAACUGGAGGUCUAAUUGACAGAAUAACUCGUCACAAUCGAGCUCUUAUUGAAGCUGACUAUCUAUUGGAUCAAGAUCACGAAUCUCCAUUGCUAUUAGCAUCCUAUGAUCUACUUCAUCGGUUAACCUACCACCAAAGACGAUUAAAUAGUCACGAAAACUCUAACCCGAUAAGCCAUAGUGAAUCUGAGCAAACUAAUGCUGAAUCACAUCUACUUGGUUGUUUGGAAUCCACUGAAGCGGCUGGUGCAGUUGGUUGUCUUUAUGCUACUUUUGCAUUAGCUCAUCAAAAGUGUUCUUCACCCACACCUGGACAAAACAGCUGCAACUCAUCAUCGACAAAACUUGUUGCUAUCAGAGCACUUAAACUUCUUAAAUCCAUUGGAGAAGUUGAUUUAGCAACACUUCAGAAAUUAUUGGGUGCUGAAGGAACAAGCUUACAAUGGAGGCUAAUUGCUAGCCACCUGAUCACCAGAUUCCUCCGGGAGCCUCUAACAGAAAUAAAUGAAGCUUCUGCUGUAACUCAAGGUUCACCAAGUGCUGUACAGAUUCUCAAUGAGCUCUUUAGCGUUCUUGGCUACUUUGCCGUUAAUAACAACGAUAAUCAGUUGGUUCUCCAAACUGCUGGAGCUGGUCCUAGCGUUCUUCAGCACCUUUGCACUUUACCAUUUCCAUUUUAUGGAGACCCACGUCUUGCUCCUUUUACGUUACCAACUCUCUUGGCAGCCACACAUAAGAAUCCGGAAGCUAUAGCUAUCCUUUCUUGUGAAAUGUCUUAUCAAUUACUUGAAGAAUACAGAAAUUCGGAGGAAGGUAAACUUCAUCCGCUAAUCCGUCUGAUGAAAGAUUCACAAACUUCAUAAACUACGUCGCAAAAAUAGAAGAAGAUUCUACAAAUUUUAUUUUAAUAUUGUCAUUAACGUUUUAUUGACGUAAUUAACAGUAUUUUUGUUACAUACUUUUUGUUCAAGUUACCUCUUUGUAAUUUUGUAAAUUAAUGUUUACAUUCUUGUUUAUGCUUUUUUUUUUAUCAAGCUUUAAAUUUUUGUUAAUAAUUUUUUGAAUCAUGAUCGAC